UUUCAACUAAAAUUGUGAGACUAUUGAGAAUGACAUAAGAUUAUGAUUAUACUGCAUAACCAACAUGAAUCUUUAAUCCAAUAACCCCUCAAACCGAGUUGUUAUUGUUUGUAUUUAUGAACAGAGAGACGAUGAAUCUUGUUGCUCUGGUCCUCCUAAUAUUACACCUUGUCAUUUUUUCAUGUGUAGAUGCAGGCAAAGUCGUUUUGAUGGAUUCCAACAUCACUCGCUCUUUCGACGACAUAGAAGCUGAUUUCUCUCCACCAGUGAAUUCUAUGGUAGAAACCGGAGUCCUUUACCUGGCUGAGCCUUUCGACGCUUGCCAAGACUUGAGGAAUAAACCGAGGCAGAGCCCUAACGACACUUCACCUUUUGUGUUGAUCGUAAGAGGAGGCUGUAGUUUUGAGCACAAAAUCAGAGACGCUCAGAGAAGCGAUUUCAAAGCUGCCAUUGUCCAUGACAAUGUGGACCGCGACAUCUUAUUAGCAAUGGGAGGAGACUCGGACGGUAUAAAGAUUCAAGCGGUAUUUGUGACGAAAGAAGCCGGAGAAAAGCUCAAGAGUGUUGUUGGUUUGACGGAAAAGAAAGUCAUGUUGGUCCCUAGUUUAGAUGACUCGGGGUGGUUGUUGUUCGCGAACAUAGCAAUGAUCGUGUCGCUGGCUAUUUUUGUUGCGCUUGCCGCUUGUGUCUUAGUCUAUAGGCAUUGCACAACUCAUAGCAACGUUACAUUCCAGUUCCAUGGGAUGAGCCGUAGAAUGGUGAAAGCAAUGCCGAGUGUUACAUUCACGUCUGUACACGAAGACAACACGACUGGUUUUUCUUGUGCUAUCUGCCUCGAAGACUACAGUGUUGGGGACAAGCUCAGGGUAUUACCUUGCGGUCACAAGUAUCAUGCCGCUUGUGUAGACUCGUGGUUGACAUCAUGGAGAACGUUUUGUCCAGUGUGUAAACGGGAUGCGAGAACAAGAACAUAUGAGUCACCAGCUUCAGAGAGCACGCCGCUUCUCAGAUCUCCCAUUGUAGCAUCAUCUGUAGUGGUUAUAGACCCUCCUCCUGUGGGAUCCUCUCAUCACAGCUCGUCCUACAUUCACCAAUCGUUCAGGUCCUCCUCUCGUAUCUCUGCGGAUAUCAGGCAACAAACCUCCCCAUUGCACUUGCCAUCGCUGAGAUCAUACGCCACAUGUAUGGACUCUUUGCACUCAAUAGGUUACUCGACCAUGUCACCACUCAACGCGAUCGGCAUGCCACCAUAUCGGCCUAGCCCAAGCAAUGUGUCGCCUGGGUUAGUCCAGUCAACAAAUCAUCGGUUAAGUUCAUUAUCUCCUUUCGCCUCUGCACACUCGCUUCGAGACAAUUGUUAGACCAAGCUUGCAGCAGUUGUUCAUCCUUCUGAUUUUGAUGUCAUCAGGUCAACAACAUCAAAUCCUUGUAAAGUUAU